UGGAAUCAAGCUGUAAUCAAAAAAAUAUAUGCAAUGAAAUCACAAUUUAAAGGAGCCUGGUUACAUCACGAUCCGGAGGGAUCUCAAAUACUACUUGAAAGAACUGUAUUAGCUCAAGCAACUGCCAUUGGAAAUCCAUGGCUUCCACAUCUACAUUAUGCAUUUCGAGAUGGAAAGUAUUUACAUCUUGUCAUGGAUUAUGAACCUGGUGGUGACUUAUAUAUAUUUUUAAGCAAAGUUGGCCAUUUAUUGGAUUCAAAGAUGGUGCAGUUUUAUGCUGCUGAAGCCGUAGAAGCUAUUCAUUCUCUACAUCAAAUGGGUUACAUUCACUGUGAUUUAAAACCUGAAAAUUUUGCAAUUGAAAGAAGUGGACACUUGAAAUUAAUUGACUUCGGUUCAGCUAUCAGACUUCAUGCAGAUGGGAAAUGUAUCUGUCCUUCAAUGGUUGGAACAAAAGAACACUUAAAUAUUGAAUUAUUAAGACAACGUGGACGACAUAAUCAAGAACCAUUACUUGUCGGUCCAGAAUUUGAUUAUUGGUGUAUUGUUAUAUGAAUUAUUCUAUGGUCAAACACCAUUCUAUGAUGAAGAUGACAAAAUGAUGCAAAAGAUUAUGGAUUAUCGGAAAACACUGAAAUUCCCACCAUCCUCUGAGAUAACAGACUCAGCAAUUGAUUUGAUUGAAUCAUUGAUUGUUACCCCAUCGAAACGGUUAACUUAUGCAGAUGUUGUUAUGCAUCCAUUUUUCAAAGAUGUUGACUUCGCAGCAUUAAGAGAAGUUACGCCUCCAUACUUACCCCCUGUUGGUGAACUUGAUGAUUUUUCAAAUUUCUCUAG